AUAUUCGCCAAACAGAAGCUGUUUUCUGGUGGGACUGGGAGAGCGAGGUGUCUCUUCACAUGUCGCUGCCUCCACUAACUUGGAAAAUAGCUCAUGAAAUCAAGUGUCAGUAUUUGUGGGGGGGGAUUUGCAAUUGUUGGCUUCAUCUCUGUCGAUAGGGAAUGAAUGACGAGACAACACCGGGCAGUUGCAAGAUAAACUCUGGGUGCUCCAGUAUUGAGCAAAUGCUGGCUGUGAACCCCGGCAAGACACCCAUCAGUCUGCUACAGGAGUAUGGAACGCGGAUAGGUAAGGCAGAGAUGGUCUAGGAAUGCUUCCUCUUCUGUCUCAGAGUCUGGGUAACACCCCAGUGUAUGACCUGCUCAAGGCCGAGGGCCAGGCGCACCAACCCAACUUUACGUUCCGCGUGUCCGUGGGAGAGAUCAGCUGCACCGGCCAGGGGCCCAGCAAGAAGGCUGCCAAACACAAGGCAGCAGAGGCCGCCCUGAAGAUGAUGAAAGGAGGACUAGGGGGACCAGUGGUGCUGGGAGAAGGAUUGGGAGAAGGGUUUAUUGGGGCGGAAGAGCCUUUGGAUGGGGACAGUUCUCCGUCAGAGAUGAAGACUUCAGGAAGCGGCACGUCUCAGCAGUCAGAAUGCAACCCUGUGGGAGCUCUGCAGGAGCUGGUGGUUCAGAAAGGCUGGCGUCUGCCAGAGUACACCGUGACCCAGGAGUCGGGGCCUGCCCACCGCAAGGAGUUCACCAUGACAUGCCGGGUGGAGAGAUUUGUUGAAAUUGGCAGUGGCACAUCGAAGAAACUAGCCAAGCGGAAUGCAGCAGCUAAGAUGUUGUCCAGGAUCCACGAUGUUCCUGUAGACCUGAGGAGCAGCCACGAGACUGAGCCUGAGGAUGACACUUUUAUCAUGAACAUGGGUGGGGGCAGGGUGGAGGCAGGGAAGUGUAAAGGUCUGGGCUGUACCUGGGACUCUCUGAGGAACUCUGCUGGGGAGAAGAUGCUGCAGCUAAGGAGCCACCCUCUGGGCAUGCCCAGCUCUGACUUCUGCUCGCUGCUACACGACCUCUCAGAGGAGCAGCGCUUUGACGUCAGCUACCUCGACAUAGAGGAGCGCAGUCUGAGCGGUCUGUGCCAGUGUCUGGUAGAGCUAUCCACUCAGCCAAUCACGGUGUGCCACGGCUUCGCACCCAAUCAGGACGGUGCCCGCGCCAGCGCAGCCCACAAUGCACUGCAAUACCUCAAAAUCAUGGCUGGGGGGAAGUGACCGUCUCCCAGACCAACCUCUCUCCAUGGCAACGACCUAGACCCUGAUCACGUGACACAUCCACCUCUGAGGGUGGAAGCAUCUUCCAACCAAUGGUGGUCAAGGGUCAACCAUUGAUUGAUCCAGAAUUACCCAUGAUGUGGGAAUUGGAAUUUGUCUGUGUCCCCCCCCCCCCCCCCCAGCCAGCCCUGUAGUUCUCCUAUCUGGUCUGUUCAUUCCUAAAUGCCCCCUUGAAGACAUCCCACAUAGCCCUAGAUAAUUUGUCCCUAUGCCUUGAAGAUAUCCCACAUAGUCCUCAAUGUCCUCUUGAUUGGCUACACCAUUUAUUUGGAUGGUCAGUCACCCACCUCCUCUGCUGUCACAGGCCUAGAGAGAUACUCUGCAGGGAAAGGGCGAAAUACAUUUGACAACGACCCCCCCGUUUGACUGUAGCCUCAUUGACUGUUUUAUUUGUUGCCACAUCUACAAUGAUUGGCUUUGGUUGCCUUUUCAUUAGCUAGUAAGUACUUUGUCGUCAACCAAAAAUACCUCCCCCUCGUUGAAGAAGUCUUGGCCUGAAUGAAGUCUAAUUUUGGACAUUGAAAAGUGGACCUUUUAACAACAUGAAUUCUUAAAUUAGAGACUUGUGUACUUUUAUUGCCAAGUAGACAAGAUCCAGCCCAUCUGUCUUGUCCUUUCAUUUGUGUUAAGUAAUUGACCUUUUUU